AUGAACUUUCACACACCAGAACAAUCUUACACGCAAGAUACCCAGCCACGGGAAACACAUCCCACCAUGGCUUUGUUACAGAGACCUCACGUAUUUUCUGGCUCGGAUUGGCGUGGCCUUGAGCCUGUAGAGAUGAGGUCAAAACCACGCAUGGCCAAUGUUGGGGAAUCACUUCCAUCUAUUCGAACAAUGUUUUCUGGAUUUGAGAGCCAGGAAAGACCCAUUGAAUCCGAGUACAGACAUGCUACAUCAUUUUCUCCCAUCACAACAGAAAGAAACACAUCUCCUGGGUCAAACAAGAGAAUGAGAUUAUCCGACGAUUACUAUGAUGAGGAAAGCCAGCAGCAACGAGAGAGAUAUCAAUCAGUUAGUAGUGGUCGAAGCCCAAUGACAGCGACCUACGGUUAUCACAGUGCAAACUCUUCGCCAGUUUCCUCAAAUGCCCGUCGAGAGUCUAGAGUUCAUUCUAGCCAUGGAAGCCCUUAUGUUUCAAGGUCUGGACGAGAGCAACCUAUUCUCUCAAUCCCAGAACGCAGAGCCCAGAAUCAAGAUCACCACACUUCGAGACCACCAUUCCAUUCUCCCAUCUCUGAGCCAUCGAGUACGACAUACCGCCCAAGCCUCCCAAGUAUCACCACCCCCGACCGAUCUUACGAACGAACUUACUCCCAAAACCCCGCAGAACGAUCACAUGGCGAAUACCCUCCCAUGAAUGAGUACCCAAGAAACGAGUAUGCAUUGGAGGCUUCCCGUUCAUACCACCAACAAAAAUACGCACCUUCACGAUCGGACUACGGUUACCACCAACCCAGAGACCAAGGUUACCCCCAACCUGCAACUUUCCCUCACCAUCCAGGCCAAACCCCAUUCACCAACAGACACCACGCAGGAAGUUACAGUCCAACUCCCUACCAAGCCCAAGAAAUGGGCGACUCAAAACCUCGCAAGCGUCGAGGAAAUCUCCCAAAACCCACCACCGAUAUCCUAACAACCUGGUUCAUCAACCACCUCGAACAUCCCUACCCAAACGAAGAAGAAAAGCAAUUAUUAAUGAGACAAACGGGUCUCCAACUGAACCAAAUCUCCAACUGGUUCAUCAACGCCCGUCGUCGUAAAUUGCCUGCUCUUCAAAACAGCGCUCGUGCAGAAAACGCUGCCCGAUCGCAUCACAACCGAAUGCACUCUGCAGAUGGGGGACAGAGUCCCAUGAGUCUCUGCAACAGUGAGCCAGGACUAAGUCCUAGAGCCGCAUCUGCAUUUAACGAAGGAUGGCCUUCGCGCCAGGAAGAGCGUCAUAGCCAAGAGCAUUAUUAA